AUUUAUAAAAACUAAAAAGAGAAGGUGAACAAAAGUAGCAUGGCGCAUUUUGUCGACAAUCUUGGACAGUUUUUCGAAGAGUUUUUAAGAUGUGUGCGAGAAGGAAUCACAGGACUAAGUGCAGAAUAUGAAGAAAAUCGCGUGGACAGCCUGUUAUGCCGCCUUAGCGAGUUUGAAAGAACCCUCGGGUUAUUAUCAAGUCGUGUUGCCACUCUUGGGGUUGGUGGCAGAUCACCUGAUCAGUUAUUGGAAGAUUUGGAACGGCUCAUAACUUCUGUGCGUCUUCUAAAAACAAGGUAUCAAGCCAGACAUGCCGAAUCAGUGGCGUCUCCUGAUAUGGAAGCAAUACACCUGCCACAACACGGCUGUUCUACUCAGCAUUUAGGGCAUGCUUGUCGGCCAAGACUUGCCGUUGACAAAACUGUUGUUCAACAACUGCGUGAAGAAUCAAUGAAAUGGGUGGACAUUGCAAAAAUUAUUGGAAUUUCAUCCAAAACAUUGACUCGCCGACGCAGGGAAUUUGAUAUGCCUAUUGGUGCUGAUGCAUAUACAUGUAUUGAAGAUGGCGAAUUAGAUGAGCAUGUUCGAGGAAUUUUAAGAAUAAAUCCUGAAGCAGGACUUGGUUUAGUUGAAGGAGGACUCAGAGCAAAAAAAUUAAUGAUUCAGCAGAAACGUGUACGGGAAUCUAUUGCUAGAGUUAACCCAGUUAUCUCAGCAGUCAGAAGACACAAUUUCAAGAUUGUCAGGCGAAAAUAUUCUGUACCUUGUCCAAAUGCCCUCUGGCAUAUUGAUGGUGAUCAUAAAUUAAUUGAACCUUACAGAAUUGUCAUUCAUGGUGGCAUCGAUGGGUUCUCUCGGCUAAUUGUAUUUCUAAGGGCUUCUACAAAUAACAAGGCUAUUACUGUUCUUGAACUGUUUCAAGAAGCUGUUCGUCGUUACAACCUACCAUCCCGUGUUCGUUCAGAUCAGGGCUUGGAGAAUGUUGAGGUUGCUAAGUUUAUGUUACGUGAGAGAGGCCUAAACAGAGGUAGUAUAAUAACUAUCUAUCUAUCUAUGUAUCUAUCGCAUCUUGAUGUUUUGUCCCUUUUUAACAAGCAUAAGCUUUUACAUCACUCUCUUCAUAAUCAUAUCAUUCACGAGUCGGCGCGAAACGCCGUGGGGGGUGGAAACACCAACUAGAGAUUAGGAAUUACACCCGAGUAAAAUGUUACUACGAUACAAAAAGCGAUGCAGUCCAAGAUUUAACAGCGAAACUCACUCACUGUGAAAGAGAAACGAUUCGUAAUCUUAUUAACUUUGAAAUGCAUGUUCUAAACAGGUAGGUGUCUAUUUUGGUAGUUCCACGUUUCACGUUUGCUGUAACGCAGGCAGUUUAGUGUAUACGAGAACUUGGCAUGGCCAAAGCCAUACUCGACACGGAAAUGUAGGGCAUCACAUCAUCGCUUUAACUUCAAAAAGGGGUUUUGAAAGUCGAAAUCUGAAUCUUAAUGUAAAACAUCGCUUCAAAAUGAAAAAAUUAGAUAAAAUAUUUAAAAGACAUUCGCAACCUCGUCCCCAGGGUCUUUUUCGUAGCGCGCCGUGGGGAAGACCCUGGUAAACCCUGUGGAAUUCUCCAAGAUUCUUGGAGAU